GCUCGAGCUGGCGGGCGGCACAGGCAGGCAGCAGCCGCGGCAGGCGCACGGGCCGCGUCAAGGGAGCCGGAGACAGCAGGAUUCUAAGGAGGAGAGGGGCGAGAGGGAGUCGGGCUGGGUGGGCUAGGGGCACCGCGCUCUCCGAACAGCACGGAUCCUUUUUGGAAAUUAAUAUUAAAAAAAAAAAAGGCAGAGGGGAAGGUGGGAGCCAGAGAGAAGGCAAGACACACACAGAAAGAGCGAGAGACACAGAUCCCCACAGUGAGAGGAAGAAAGGCCACAGUCGCAGGCAGCCGAUGUGAAGACUGGACUCCGUGCGCCCCUCGCCGCCUCUGCCCGGCCACAUCGAUGUUGCAGCCCGCUCGCCCGCAUCACGAUGAACUCACAGCUGACCAUGGAGGCGAUCGGCGAGCUGCACGGGGUGAGCCAUGAGCCGGUGCCCGCCCCUGCUGACCUGCUGGGCGGCAGCCCUCACGCGCGCAGCUCCGUGGGGCACCGCGGCAGCCACCUGCCUCCCGCGCACCCGCGUUCCAUGGGCAUGGCGUCCCUGCUGGACGGCGGCAGCGGAGGCAGCGAUUACCACCACCACCACCGCGCCCCUGAGCACAGCUUGGCUGGUCCCCUGCACCCCACCAUGACCAUGGCCUGUGAAACUCCCCCAGGUAUGAGCAUGCCCACCACCUACACUACCUUAACCCCUCUGCAGCCGCUGCCGCCCAUCUCCACCGUGUCCGACAAGUUCCCUCACCACCACCACCACCACCAUCACCACCACCACCCACACCACCACCAGCGCCUGGCGGGCAACGUGAGCGGUAGUUUCACACUCAUGCGGGAUGAGCGCGGGCUGGCCUCUAUGAAUAACCUCUAUACCCCCUACCACAAGGACGUGGCUGGCAUGGGCCAGAGCCUCUCGCCCCUCUCUGGCUCGGGUCUGGGCAGUAUUCACAACUCUCAGCAAGGACUUCCCCACUAUGCUCAUCCCGGCGCGGCUAUGCCCACCGACAAGAUGCUCACCCCAAAUGGCUUUGAAGCCCACCACCCUGCCAUGCUUGGUCGCCACGGGGAGCAGCACCUCACGCCCACCUCGGCCGGCAUGGUACCCAUCAACGGCCUUCCUCCGCACCAUCCCCAUGCCCACCUGAAUGCCCAGGGCCACGGACAGCUCCUGGGCACAGCCCGGGAGCCCAACCCUUCGGUGACCGGCGCGCAGGUCAGCAAUGGAAGUAAUUCAGGGCAGAUGGAAGAGAUCAAUACCAAAGAGGUGGCGCAGCGUAUCACCACCGAGCUCAAACGUUACAGCAUCCCACAGGCCAUCUUCGCGCAGAGGGUGCUCUGCCGUUCCCAGGGGACCCUUUCGGAUCUGCUGCGAAACCCCAAGCCCUGGAGCAAACUCAAGUCGGGUCGGGAGACCUUCCGGAGGAUGUGGAAGUGGCUGCAGGAGCCGGAGUUCCAGCGCAUGUCGGCGCUCCGCUUAGCAGCCUGCAAAAGGAAAGAGCAAGAGCACGGGAAGGACAGAGGCAACACCCCCAAAAAGCCCAGGCUGGUCUUCACAGACGUCCAACGUCGAACUCUACAUGCAAUAUUCAAGGAAAAUAAGCGUCCGUCCAAAGAAUUACAAAUUACCAUUUCCCAGCAGCUGGGGUUGGAGCUGAGCACUGUCAGCAACUUCUUCAUGAAUGCAAGGAGGAGGAGUCUGGACAAGUGGCAGGACGAGGGCAGCUCCAACUCAGGCAGCUCGUCAUCUUCAGCAAGCACUUGUACCAAAGCAUGAAGUAAGAACCACGGACUAGAACCUCGGUGGAAAAGCUUUAAAUUAAAUUAAAAGAAAAGUUUUUUAAAGACCAGGACCUCAAGAUAGCAGGUUUAUACUUAGAAAUAUUUGAAGAAAAACAAGUGGUAUUUAUAGUCCAAAGAAACCAAAGACUGAAGCUCACCUGCAUUCUGACUUUGUUCAGAGACACAUACUUCAGUGGGGCAAGACUCAGCAAGAAAGAUGAUGGGAAAAGCAUCGGAUCUCACGCCUUCAACCCCUGCACCUCACUGUGCUUGGCUGCUCAGUGGCUCUAAGCACAGUUAUGUUUGAGCCAUCGAGUGGACAUCCUUUAAGAUCAGACAUUCUUAUCUGUUCCACCACACCACAAAGGUGUAUAGUGUCUCAAUACCAUGUGUGGGUGUGUGUGUGUACACUCAUACAAACACCACCACCACCACCACCAACAACAACAACAACAACACCAGUGGUUAGGGACUCAGGCAGGGCUGGUCUUCAGGAAGGGUUGCACCAUAGGAGUGUGACCACCCCAGUGUGGGAUUUCUAAAUUCACUGGAUCUGAGAUGUGAUUUCUCUCAUCUAGCCUAGCGUUUGAACCUGCCAGGCCCACAACCUAAACGCAGAUUCAAACCCAGCAAAGAAAAUUUGAAUGGCACCUAAACCAGUGCACUCUCUUUGUUUGUUAAGAAAUGUUCAGAUAUUUUUUAAAAAAAUGAAACAAGAGUCCAUCCAUUUAAAAAAAAUCACCUAGGUACCAAAGAACACACAGUAUUAUAGUGCAGGUAUUUUAUUGCAAUGAUUUUAAUAACCAAAGCUAUUUUUACACAAGAUACUAUGUAAAGUUAUACGUAUAAACUGAUCUAGCUGUACCCCACAUGCCACGUAGAUUCAGGACUAUUAUUUAUGACUCUUGAAGCGUUUGAAAUAUGAGUUUUCAAAACUGGCAAGGAAGAAUGUGGCUUCAGGGAAGCAGUUACCACCACAACAGAGAGUCUGAUGUGACGCACGUGGGAUCCAUAAAUGCCACUUACAGAAAAGAUAUAAUGCAUAAUCUAUUCAUAGCCAAGAAGACUCGAGGACCCUUUCAGAGUAGGUUCCAAUGUAAAUACUAGAAAACUAAGCUUAACAUGGCAGAUAACUAAAUUAGGAAAAUUGUCCAAAGUGAUCAUUUUUAGUAAAUGAUCCCCCAUUUAAAAAACUUAGACUACUUUUGCUUAAAUUUACUUUAUGCACUUGGCACCAAAUAUCUUUUAAAAAUCCUUCUCAAACACUAAUGAAGCAAGCAGCCCAAUAAUUAAUCACAGUUCACUAUCCCAUAUUUUGUAACCAUCUAAAAAGCAAUUGAACUGAUUUAUUGGCAAUUUCAGGGGUUUUACAAUGUAGAUGUUAGGAAAUCAACAGGUGCCACUGAGAAGUGGCAGAAUGGUAGAACCACAUAAAAGAAGCCAGAGUUCCAGUCUCACAUAAGACGCUUCACUCUUUCAGAAUUAGACUCAUUUUACUAAGCAUGGCCUCUGAAGCGUGUUACAUUCCUUCUUGCUGUCAAUGGACUUGGUAAUUUUAUCACGUGGUUUCUACUCUCUGACAAGGACAGGUUAAAAAUGAGUCCCAAGAUUCCUAAUCAAAGUUUUAAAUUUUGCCUUUUUCCAAAUCAUUUAACCAGGGAUGAACAGACCAAGGCAGGAAAAGAAAACAAAGUUCUAGAAAUCAUUUGACUCCCAGAAACACUCUGUCUGAACUGGGCUGAAGCACAAACAAUGUGAACAGACACACCUGCUAAACAGAGAAGUCAAGAAUGGGGGACCCUCAGUUAAUAUUGCACCUCCACAGAGAGAUAACACCGAAUUGAUAUUGAUAGUGAUAGUGAGUUCUUCACUAAGAUUCACUAAAAUGACAAAUGAAAAAAAUUAAAAUUUUAUAACACAAAAUCUCACUCUUUGGGGGAGUCAAAUCUCAGGACCCAGAGACAGGAAUCUAAGCCGACCAGUGGCCCAUCCAUCCCCUUCCUGUCAAUUGAGUGAAGGAAAUGCCUUGAUAAGUUUUGUCUUAGUAUUUUUAAAAGUUCACCCAAGAAUCCAACUUAAAAAGUUUUCCUUCUGAAUAUGGCACCAUUCUAGUUCAAUCCUGAAGAUCCAGUAAAUCGCCACCCUUCAAGUUUUGCUUUAGUUUUCAGUAGCAAAAAGGAAAACCAGAAAUAUAUUUUCUCUCUUCAUAGUAGAGGGAGCUGGGAAAUACAGGGGCAUUUAUAGUGUAAGAGAGAGGAUAGCCUUAUUUACUUAAAACAACAGAAUUAAAAAUUCAGGGGUAACCCAGCUAUGUCUACACACAAUCUUACCAACUUUAAAUACUCCAAGAAAAGCCCAAAAAAAAAAAAAAAGGAUUUGGUCAACCUCGUGUCUUGGCUUUGAUUUUAUCAUGUUCCUUUCAUGAUUAACCCAACUGUGUUUUGCAUUUUUUCCAAGCCAAUCAUAUUGGUACUGUGGAGGCAGAGUCUUCAAAAAAAAAUAUGACUACAUUUUAAAAAUCAGACCAUGAUGGGUUUCUGAGAAAUAACCAGUUACCCUACUUGCUGACACCAAAGAUAAUUCUGUACCAGCGUUAAAUUUGCACCCAAUAUACAAUUUCAGGGCCCAGAAAUAUAUUUUCUCAUAGGGAGAGGCACAAGGCAGAGCCUGAAAAGCAAUUUUUACUCCAAACUUUUGCUUCUUAGAAAUAGUAGCAGGUAGACCCCACUUUCCAUAAGCAAUACCUUCUCAUGCCCUAGAGGAACGACCCUUUCUUUGCUUUGGAACCAGCAUUCAGAGAACAUGCUUCAGUCCUUGUUUAUGCAGCCCUCACUGAUGGCUCCCACCAUGACCUGCAGAGCAGGUCACAUGUCAGUCGUCAUUUGUCAUUUCUCAGUCCUUUUGAACCAUCCACUCCAAGAGUUUAUUUCUUAUGGCUAUGCACAUCACAAAGUCAGGCUUCAAAUACUCCUCUUUCUUUUUCUUUCUUUUUAUUUUAUUAUUUUUUAUUUUAUUUUUUUAUUUUACAUAUGUAUAUGUACAUACAUAUACAUAUAUUUGUAGAGUGGUUUGAACAUAAGUCAUUCAGGUUCUCAAAUAACUGGAAGCUUUAGCCAAAAGUCGUCCAGAAGGUUGUUUGGAGUCUGGAGAUUAUAAAACUCAGAUUUCAGUAACUGUCCAGAUAGAGGAAUUCUGGGUGCUGGGGACUAAGUACUCCUGUCCCUGAGCACCAUGGAAUUGAUUCCAAAGACCAAGGAAAAUGUAUGGGGAGAUCCACAAGUGCUGACAGAACUUGACACUUAUCAUGCCCCUCAGUCCCUCAGAAAGACAUAAUUAUUUUUCCAGAACAACGUAAAAGCAUUCGCUAUGGACCCGCCCACUCCCACUGUUACCCCAGGUGAAGAACCCGUCUUUGCAGGUUAAAUGCAACUUUGCUAAACCAAAGAGUCUAAGGACACUUUCCCUAUAGUCCACCCUCCCUCCUUUGUACAUACAGGAUGAAACUAUGCAUUCAGCAAACAAAGAGAAAGCACUUCUCCUUUUUCUAUCUAGUUGUUUAGGGUGCAUUCAAAUACCAGAGGCUGUUUAGGGGUGCACUUGGCCUUCUGGGUUAUAACUGUGGUGUGGGUUUGCUUUGCAGUGCAUUUGGUAACUAUUUCCCAAAUAGUGUGGACAAAGAAGCAGAAGGUAAGAAAUAGCUACUUCCAUGUGUUUAAAAAAAAAAAAAAAGGAAAAAAAAGAAAAAAGAAAAAAAGAAAAAAAGUGUAAAGAUCUACUAUUUAUAGUGUGAACCAAAGACGCUACCUCACUCAAUUUCCAUUGGUGAUUUUAAUCACAUUGAUAUACCAAAGAAUACCAAAGAUAUUUUCAUGCACGGCCAUGGUCUGCAGAGGGAACUCCGCCCACCCUUCCCCUUUCCUACCUCCCCUUGUCACUCAGUGUGUAAAGUUGUCUUCAUUCUUAAUAACAAUACGAUACCGAUAACAACAACAUUAGGAACGCCUCUUCUUAUUACUGCUACUUCUUGUAAAUCUCUAGGCAAACACGUUGCAAAGUUUGUAAACUCCUAGGACGAGUGCCUUGCUUGAACCAAAGUGUUAAACCGCUGUUAACCUCUCUCACCUUAUACUCUUUGAAUACCUCAGCCUCUUAGAAAGGCCACUAAUGAAAAAAAAAAAAA